AUGGGGGAAAUGGGAAAGGCGAUAGGAUUGCUGAUAAGCGGGACGCUUGUGUAUCACCAUUGCGCUAAUCGCAACGCGACUCUUCUCUCGCUCAUCUCCGACGUUCUCAUCGUUCUCUUAUCUUCACUCGCCAUUCUCGGCCUUCUUUUUCGUCACCUCAAUGUCUCGGUACCUGUGGAUCCAUUAGAGUGGCAAAUAUCACAAGACACAGCCUGUAACAUUGUGGCGCGCUUAGCUAAUACUGUUGGAGCAGCUGAAUCCGUUCUGCGGGUUGCAGCAACAGGACAUGACAAGAGGCUCUUUGUUAAGGCAAGUGCAUUCUGGUUUCUUCCUUGUUUGCAUUACAAGAGGUAGUUUCUUCGAUCACCCGGUGCGGUGCCUGCAUGAAUAGGAAAUGUGUAUAACAACAUUCAAGCAUUUAUUGAUGAAGACAAAGAUGGUUAAGACCAUUGACUGAAAUUCCACAGAACCUGUCAGUUGUGGUUUUAGCCAAUUACCACUCCGAUGCAAUGCAGUUCUCUGGUUUUAUGCUUGGUGGCAGAAUUCUAAACUGAACUUUUUUUAUCUUCGCCUGUUUCUGUCUCUCAGGUUGUGAUCUGUCUUUACUUCUUGGCAGCUCUAGGACGAAUCAUAUCGGGUGUGACCAUUGCCUAUGCAGGACUAUGUUUGUUCUGUCUCUCCAUGCUUUUUCGGAGUUCAAUUAGAAACUCCGUAUUGAACCGAAGAAACGGAGAGAUUUUGGAUUGAGAAACACCUUCAGAGUUGUAAUACACAAUUUGCCUAAACGUGUUAUAUUCUUUGUCCUCUUUCCACCUUUACAUGUUCAUAGCUUUGGAUAGUUGUAAUAAUGCUUUCAGUUCCUAAAUGUAGAAAUAUUAAUCAUAGUUAAUCUUUUCUAAGGAAAUGAAUAUCUAGC